ACUGGUCGCGUUUGUAAAGCUACAGCCAUGGGGUCAAAUAUUUUGCCGCCGAUAGUUAGUGGUCGUAUAAGGUCCAAAUUUGCGUUCAAAUAUGGUUCUAUACAUAUUAGAGCUAAACUACCACUUGGCGAUUGGAUAUACCCAGAAAUUCUUCUAGAACCACUAUCCAAUAAAUAUGGAAGUUUACAUUACUCUUCUGGAAUUUUAAAAAUAGCGAUGGUCAGAGGUAAUGCAGAGCUAAAUAAACCUAAAUUUAAUAGCAAGGUAUUAAAAGGAGGCCCAGUUUUGAACUCCCAAUGUAGGGGAGCGUUUGAUUUUUACUCUAAAGAAACAUCGGAUGGACGGUCGUGGGGGGACGACUUUCACAAUUAUUCAGUAACAUGGUCACCAGGAUCAAUAGAAAUGUUAGUGGAUGGAAAAUCGUGGGUCAAAUACAGACCGGGCGCAACAGGUCUCAGGUCUUGGCUACCGAGAAGUUGCAGAGGGAGCUGGUACAAUCUUCUGGAGGGCGCGCCGAAGAUUGCACCGUUUGAUGACUACUUCUACAUUACCUUUGGAGUAGCUGCUGGAGGCUUCUUCGAAUUCCCAGAUGACCUGGUGACUGGUGAUGGAAACCCUAAGCCAUGGAGGAACGGUGACCCCAAAGCAGUUUAUAACUUUUGGGAAAAGAAAGAUGAUUGGAUUGAUACUUGGGAAGAUCCCGAACUUAUCGUGGAUUCUGUUAAAGUUGUAGCUUUAUAAGCAGUUAAAAGAAAUAUAAUCGUUGUUGGAAUACGUUAUUUUACAAAUAAUUAAAUAAACAAUUAGAACAUAUCUAAAGUUAUACUAUAGUUUUGCAUGAAAUAUUUUUAAGAAUAAUAGGACUGUAGGAAUGCAUUAGAUUAAUAGCAGAAUGAUAGAAAAAUUAUACUAGAAGAUAAUGUAGUACCUACCUACGAAUAUGAUUCUCUUAAUAAAAUAUGUAUAAUUGAACAUUUAUAUAUAUUAUAUGAGAGUUAUUAUUUAUUUGUAUAUGCAAAUUUAAAAGAGCUUAAUCACAGUAAUUACUUCGCUACAUCAGUAAACAAAUAAUGCAGACAGACACCCAUACAGGCAUAUUGAAUAAAGAGAAAGAAAGAAAGAUUAUGUAAAACCGCAUAAUGAAGUUCGCGAAUAACGGUAUUCAGAUAGUAGGUAUGUCUUUCUCUGUGUGCGGUCAGAAAAAACAAGCUAUGCGAGGAAAGAUUUAUUAUUUUUUCAAUAUAAGAAGACAUUUCACCGCUUCUUGCCUAAUUUAAACAUAAUGAAAUAUAUUUAAAUGUACACAAUAUUAGUAACUAAGACUAUUAUACAGAUAUUUUUCAUUAUUUUAUAGAACAAGUAAUAUUAUUGACCACAUAAUACAUAUCCUGUUCUGAUUUAAAAUUAUACAGGAAGAAAUACGACAGAACGAAAGCAAUUAUUAUAGCUAAAAAUACACAGUUUCCAAGUGGUAAUACGGUUCAUCAGAAAUAGUGACAUUCGUAGCGAUGGACACCGCGCAGUCUUCACCCGGCCUCUUCUGAAUGAGAAUAAAAUAUGCAUCACCUUUCAUUAUUUUUACCCUCGCCGGCUCCGAUAACGGGCCAUCUUCGUUCAUUUUAUACGCUAGAAUUCGUAUCUCGUACAGCGUGUUGUAAUUGACGUUGUAUACUUUAGCUUUUUGAGUAGAUACAUUGUUUAUGAC